AUGGCAGUAGAAGAGAAGUCGGUGAAAAAGAGCGAGAACACGUGGUCCAAUCCUUUCAGUGGGCGUUAUGAACCGUUUGUAGACGAAAAAGGUUUCGGAAAGUUUCAUCUCUUCAACCUGAACAGCACUAAGCAGAUCAGCCUAGAGCAGCCCGGGAACACAACCCCUCUCAGAACAGACUUUGGGAACUCUCUUGUCCAGGGGUCCAUGAUUCCUGGUACCAUGGGUAUAAAGACGACACCAGAUCAGGCCGGGACUGGUUCUAACUCUGCCCCCUCUCUUAGCGACACUCCUUCUCUCAAGAAAAUAAUGAGUGAAUUGAAGAGUGGUGUAGGAGUGAAGGAGGUGGAGGACUACAAACAGUUCCUACAAGCAAACGAACAGCCUGCUACUGUCACUACGCUUCAGGACGAAAAUGAGACAGUAGAUCCUAACGACCCUCUUGCGAGUUUGAUAAAGCAGAUAAACCAUCUAAAACAGCAGAGGCGCGCUAUAGAGGGGGAGAUAAUAACGUCGCAACACACGACCCCCGCCACCCCCGCUGUAGCUGCACUCGACAACAAGGCUGCUGAUCAGCUGGAACUACUAGAGAAACUGUUCUCUGAGAACAAGCAGCCCAACGAACAGUGUCCCAAUGUAAACCCCUUCCCCCUGGCCUCACUGUUACAACCUAACUCUAAUGGAGGAGGAUCAGUGACCUCCUCUCAGACUAUUACUACCAGCUCAGAGGCCAGCUCAGAGGCUCAGAAACAACUCCUUCAGCAACGUCUCAUAGAUAGGAUCAAGGGGGCUGUGUCAGUAUCACAUCAACAACCUGCAGCAGUCACUACUCUCACUAACUCCCCCUAUAUCAGCCCCAUUCCAGCUGUCAGACUGGAGCCCUCUCCCAAAACCGGCUUACAGAUGAAGGAUGUGACGUCUCUAGAUAGCGACAAUAUCAGACUCCUCAGACUUCUCAUACCCAACUUCUCACAGUCGGGCGGCGCUCCACCUCCUAACUACACUGCUGUCCCUGUUAAUCAGGUUUCCAACAAGGUAACCGCGGGGGCCGCAUCUACCGUUCAGAGCAACACUGCAUACACGAACGCACCCAACGGAAUGGGACAGAUUCAUGCGGUUCAACCACAACCGCAGACUAAACCUAAACAAGGGGGAGCGGUUGUGAUGGAUAACGAGAAGUGCUUGGAAAUGUUCCAGAACAUAAAAAAACAAAUCAGCGAUCAGAGCGUGUUUAACCUGACCGCCACGAUACACCAGACUUCAAAUGAGAGUGAGGGACUAAUACUGGUGGUCACACGGAACAAGAUAGAUAUUCACCCUCAGUUCGGACCUAUUCACGUCGCACGUGUGGUUAUUACAAACAAACUUUACUACAAGUUCUUUGUGCUGGACAAAGUGGUAAACAGUGGUCAGGUGGACGCUAAACAGAUAUCGGAAGUAUUCUGGAAGUUGAGUGAAGUGUCCCAACAUCUGCUCUGUCCAGGAUUCAACCAACGGUACAUUUCGAAAGUGGAACAAACUUUAGGCGAAAAAGUGGACGAUAUAACCUCCUCUUACUGCCGACUCACUGCUAAACUAUGUACAGUGUGGCACCAGAAGGACAGUAAGCCAGGACAGCGCAGGAACUACCACACAAGGGACCUGUGUUGCGAGUGUCUUGAUCUUUACCACAGGCUACAAUUCAAGACUUACUCUCACACCAAGUUAAAACAACAACAGCAGACAACCUGGCCCGGGCCACCAGUCAGUGGUGGAACACCUCACAAAAGGGAACAGGAACAUGUGAUACCUAGCAACCAGGCCGCUAAGAAACCGAAGUUACAGAACGGUCAGCUACAGUACGCGCCCAACUCUGCCCUCUCCCCUAGCAACGCUGUUAGCAACACAAUUAACAGCAGUGUUAGCAACACUUCACACGUGACCACUACGAGUACUGGCGGUAUUACCGAGCAGCAGCUCAAAGCUGUACUCUCAAACCUUGUCAACAGCCGGGUUGUUCAGAUGAACAAGGAGAGUGAGGGAGAUGAUCUAGUAGACGUGCUAGGCGAGGAUAGUGGACCAGACAGCAUUACCCCUCCCUCUCUCAGCUCAACUGGGCUUGUUAACCAGCUCUCCAACUUUACCGUCAACCCUGGUGCUUCAGUUAACAACAUCUUCAACACCACCACUAUGUCAGCCCUCUUCAACUCAGCAGCCGCUCAACCCACUCUUCCCACCGCCCUUGCAAACCUCCGAGUUACCUCAACCACAUCCCUUGCACCUCACGGUCUUAUCAGCUCUUCUCCAGCUAUCAUACCAGCACCUCCCUCCGCAAACAUUCUCAACUCAGCAAACUAUUUGAACUCCUCCGCAAACGUUUUAAACUCCUCUUCAGCGAUGUUAUUGGGAGACAACAGAGCAUUGUCUCCUAACGUGGAGGCUCUCAGUAGCAUGGUAUCUACAGUUACUCCUGUAGCAACUAUUCCACCAAAUAUCAGGGCUAUCUCUACCACCACCACCCAGCCCUCAUUUAUGAUGGCGAACGGCAACGUCCUUCAACAGAGUCCAUCCACUCAGCCCUCCAGCUCGGCGCCUACAACUGUGCCUCCUCAUUCGACCAACUCCAAAAUUGACGACAUCCUGGCUUCCCUGAACGAGCUACAGAAAAACGUUCCCGAGUUGGUGGGUUCCGACUCUAAUUCCGUGGACGAGGGUAUAAGAAACCUCCUGAAACAGUUCCAGAGCAGCGAUCAACCCUCAUCUACAGACGUGGGCCAAGUGAUGGGAAGCGAGAGCGAUCAGACCACGAGUACUGCGGGGCAGGAGGGGACCCAGGAUCCUGCCUUGGGGGACACUGCAGAUGAUUCCAGGUCACAAGGCGAAGAUUUGCUCGUUAUCCAGGAGGACUGAAGAGGGGACUGUUAAUGUGUAAUGAAUAUUUCGUUUGGUCGUCAGAAAUUAAGAGAUGUUUAUUAAUUAUUAUUUAGUCGAUUGAUUUUAAGAUAAUAUCAUGAAACAGUCGUCGAUCGUGUGAAGAAUUUAAAGAAAGUGAGCUAUGAGCGCAAUAUUUCCCUAUUCAGUCCAUAUUUUCAUGAGCGUAAUUUAUGAUCUAAUUAUCGAGUUAUUCAGUAAGUGACUGACUUAAUUACGAGAAGAGAAUAUUAAGAUGUUUUCAGAUAGGGAGCAACCCUUUAAAUAUUUUAUUUUAUUCGCUUGCAAAGCAGGUUUUAAUAUUUGAUUAUCAUAUUGAGCGACACUGUGGUGUGUUGUGUUGUUACUUUCUCCGCAUUGCAAACGUUAGUAAUAGCGGUAAAACAAACUGGCAAGGCCUCUAUCAAGGAGUGGCAUCGAUUUAAACAAACUGCGGUAGUUUUUGGCCAUUUUGAGCAACGAUUACAAAUUAUGUAACUCAAUCGGAACGUUUUUAGAUCAUUUAUUCAAUA